AUAGUUGUGUGCAUGCUAUGGGUUUCCAUUUAUUGGGUAGGGAGUUUUGUGGGGGUUUUUGUUGUUGAAGAAUACAACUACCAUGCAGAUGAUGGAAAGGUAUUGUAGAACCUUUAUAGAUAAUAGAUAGAUAUUAGAUAGAUAGAUAGAAAUGAGAUAGAUAGAUAGAUAGAUAGAUGCAAUAUAUGCAUAGAAAAUACAUUGACUAUACUCAUGUGUUGGACCUGUUUGGUUACCAUUUAGCUGUGUGGAUGCCAUUGAUUUCCAUUUAUUAUGUAGGGAGAAGAGUUGUGUUAAAGAUCACAGCCCCCAUGCAGCUGAUGGAAAGGUGUUAGUCCUUGCACACUGCUGACACUCAUAGUCACCUGCAAUGACAUAUACAUUAGCACUGCUUGUAAGGGACACAACAUGACACAUUGUAACACAAGCACCUUACUGUCACUUUGCAUUACAUGUCAUGUUGUGACAUGUCAUGAGAAGGAAAGAAGCAGACUUACCAGGAAUUGAGUGAAUGGUCCCAGUGCACUCAGCAAGCAGCUAAGUAUCUUGUAUUAAGUGCUUUUAAAGCCUCCCAAAUCCAAGCAAAAAAUAAAAAAAUACACCAAGAGGGUGCAGUAAAUAGCAGGAGAUCACAGGAUUUUGCCAUCACACUGGGUUGGAACAGAUUUGCAUUUGGCAGGAAUGCUGAGAGAACAGCUCAGCUCUCAGGAUCUGGAGUCAAGCUUGCUAUAGGGAGCAGAUGCUUCGGAUGCAUUAGAAGGAUCUGACUGAGCUGCUGCUAGCUACCAGUUCCACCUCCUCAUACAGGACUAUGAACACUGCCCCUGCUGGAUCACUGUUUACAACAUAAGACAGACGACCAGAAGGAGAACAUGAACUCUACCAGCUUCAUGCCUAGCAUGUGUGCAACAUGGCAUCCCCUAUAACAGCAGGAUGCUGGGGUCCUAGGAGGAGAGGAUAACUGUUCUGCCAGAUGUAUCCAAACCACCUGCAACAAAGACACCUGGGACAAUGAUCAGAGAUGAGGGUUAAGGAGAUCCUAACUUGGCAAGAGACUCACACUGGUGAGGUGACGGAGCUAUGUGAAUGCCACCUGAACACCAGUAUGGAUACCACUGACAACACCACAGAGGGCAUUAACAACACUUUCCUGGCGUCCUCAGGGCCAAACAGUGAGGGGCAAUAUUCUGUGACUGCUAUAUGGAGCUUGGUAGCAAUUGUCGGCUUUCUCAUCAUCUUCACCAUAGUUGGGAAUGUCUUUGUGGUCAUUGCAGUGUUGACUUCCAGGGCACUUAAAGCCCCCCAAAACCUCUUCUUGGUGUCCUUAGCUGUGGCUGACAUCCUGGUGGCUGCCCUGGUCAUGCCCUUCUCUUUGGCAAAUGAACUGAUGGGAUACUGGUACUUUGGGAAUGUAUGGUGUGAUAUCUACCUAGCUUUAGAUGUGCUCUUCUGUACCUCUUCUAUAGUCCACCUAUGUGCUAUCAGCUUAGACAGGUACUGGUCUGUCACCCAAGCAGUUGAAUACAACCUCAAAAGGACCCCCAGGAGGAUUAAAGGCAUCAUUGUUACUGUCUGGUUGAUAUCUGCUGUCAUCUCAUUUCCACCUUUGAUCUCCAUGGAUAGACUUGGGGGGGAAGCUUUGAGAAAUAUUAAUUCUACUGAUGGGAAUGUGAAGUGUGAACUGAAUGAUGAGACUUGGUACAUUCUCUCUUCCUCUAUAGGAUCCUUCUUUGCCCCCUGUGUGAUAAUGAUCUUAGUUUACAUUCGCAUCUACCAGGUGGCCAAGCUGAGGACCAGGACAUUGUCCGAGAAGAAGCCAAACACUGAUGGCUCCUCUCAUACAGAGAAUGGCUUCAGCAAGGGGACAUCAGUUAAAUUCCCCAUAGAGAAGGAGAAUGGGCAUUACCCAUCCAGACCUAUGCCACCCAAACACACAGAUUUAGAUGAGCUGGACAUUGAGGAAAGCAGCAUUUCUGAGGGCAAGAGGAGGAAGAGCAGCAGCAGAGAAGACAACACUGACUCUAGUAGGGACAAGAGGAGCCUUUCCAAGCAGUCUAGCCGCCUGUCCAGGUCCAGCAACAAAUCUAUGGACAUGUUCUCCUCUAGGAAAAAGAAGAGAAGCAGCAUGUCCAGGAGGAAACUCACCCAAGCCAGGGAGAAGAGGUUCACCUUUGUCUUAGCUGUGGUCAUGGGGGUCUUUGUUGUAUGCUGGUUCCCUUUCUUCUUCAGCUACAGCCUCUAUGGGAUCUGUAGGGAAGCCUGUGCUAUACCAGAAACUUUAUUUAAGUUUUUCUUUUGGAUAGGUUAUUGUAACAGUUCCCUGAAUCCUGUCAUAUACACUAUAUUCAACCAGGAUUUCAGACGUUCCUUUAAGAAAAUUAUCUGCCUAAGCAAGAGGAAGAGAUUUCCUCAUUAAGAUGGGAACAGCAUUGACAUUGCAAAAAUUGCCUUAGGGUGUCAAGUGCACACCAUAGGGAGGGAGCCAUUGGACUAGACACUUCUCAUUCUCAAUGCCCACAGUGAUGUGACAGUGUGAAUGUACUGGCAGGAUGUCAUGGAUCUGUGACACCAUGGUACUAUUGGUGGUGAUAUAUAUAUAUAUAUAUAUAUAUAUAUAUAUAUAUAUAUAUGUCUCAUAUUAUGAAUAUAUUUUCUACCUUUCAAACCAAGGGCAGACUUAUGUAUUAUAGGCUUUGUUUCCACCAUUUUUUGUCUCUUUUUUUUUAAGGCACCUUAUGCUAUAGUAUAUUUUACAUUUGUUCUGAAGCAAACACAAAUAUAUUUCCUAAGAAAAGCAUUGUUCUCUUUUUAUCAGUCAAAA